AUGCACUUCGCCUUGCCCCCCCGCAAAACAUCCCAUCCUCCUCCCUACGUCCGAAACAGCAACUUGACUGCGGCAUCCCAGAAACGGCGAAAGCAAUUCCAACUCGCUGCUUACUUCGUGCUGGGAGUAUUGACGUUGUAUCUCGUCAUCCGAUUUGUUCUUUCACUCGAUUUGAUACGAGGGUCCAACGAUGGCGUCGCUUCAAUUGAAGGGCCCCAGGAUAUUGUUCUCGUCACGGUGUUCGACAACGAGACCAUGAGCGAGGACUAUGUGCGGAUCAUAAAGACAAAUCGAGAGGACUAUGCCAGGAGACAUGGAUACAAGAACUUCUACACCGACACGAUGGCGUAUUCCGACCUUGUUGACCCUUCUCCGCUCUCCUGGUCGAUGAUACCAGCACUACGGCACGCUUUGACAGAGCAUGCCACGAGCACCUUUUUCUGGUACUUGUCCGCCGAUGCGUUCAUAACGAAUCCCUCGGCGUCCCUCGAAUCCCACGUCCUCCAACCCCUCGAGUCGCUCAUGCUCAAAGACAUUCCUGUCGUUCCGCCAGACUCGGUCAUUCAUACAUUCUCACACCUGACGCCCGCCCGCACGCAUCUCGUUCUGUCGCAAGAUAUGGAUAACCUAGCCCAUACUUCAUUCAUCCUCCGCAACACCCCCUUCAGCACACAAACGCCCGAUAAUUGGGCCCAUUUCUUCUUGGAUGCUUGGUUUGAUCCCUUAUACCGCGCCUAUGCAUUCCAAAAAGCAGAGAACCACGCCCUCGAGCACCUGGUCCAAUGGCACCCCACGGUCCUGGCCAAGUUGGUGCUGGUCGAGCAACGCCGGAUCAAUUCCUACAACUACGCCACACCCCCCGCGAAAGACCCGUUGACGGGGCUCACCCGCACCCACGACAGCAUGUGGCAGGAGGGGGACUUGGUGGUCAAUUUGAAAGGAUGCCGAGAAAGCGACAGGCGCGACUGCGAAGACGAAAUGAGAUACUACUUCGCCAAGUGGGAGAAAGAAGUGGAAAAGCUGGACGGGAAGAGGCCAGUGCAUGUAGUUGGUCCUCGGAAACCGGAGGCCACUAAAGAUGAGAAGAAGACGAAGGCCGACGGAGUCAGAUCUGUGAGAAGAUGA